UUCUUUUCCACCUUUAAGCCUCAUUACGCGCACUGAUUCUCCUGCUCUCCAAAAAAGCAAGAAGAUGCCCAAAUCCUCACCGUGCGUAUUCCCAUGGUCCUCCCUGUGGCUGGCAUCUUUGAUUACUUUGGUGGUGCAGUCGGUGCUCUCUUCCUCCUACUCGUCUUCUUCUUCUUCCUCUGCGUAUCAGAGACCUGCAGCCGGUGAUAAGCGGCCGGGCUUCAUGGAGAGGACGCUGGUUCUCCUGGAUGUCAACACCCGCAGUCCGAUCAGAGUCCUCAACGACAACUUUCUGUCUUUGCAGCUGGAUCCAUCGAUUAUCAAAGACGGCUGGCUGGACUUCCUGAGCUCCAAGCGGCUGGUGACCCUGGCGCGCGGCCUGUCGCCUGCGUUUCUGCGCUUCGGUGGAAAAAGAACCGACUUCCUGCAGUUCAACAACCAGAAGAACCUCGCCAAGUUCAGAGGACCAGGGCCCGACUACUACCUGAAGAACUACGAGGACGAUAUAGUGCGCAGCGACAUAGCACUGGACAAACAGAAUGGCUGCAAGCUGGCCAACCACCCGGACAUAAUGCUGGAGCUGCAGAGGGAGAAGGCUGCCACCACACAGCUCGUCCUGCUGAAGGAGCAGCUGUCCAACAUCUACAGCAACAUUACAAUAACAGCCAGGUCUUUAGACAAACUGUACAACUUUGCCGACUGUGCUGGUCUGCACCUGAUUCUGGGGCUCAACGCGCUGCACAGAAACCCAGACAACUCGUGGAACACGUCCUCCACCCUGAGCCUCCUGAAGUACGGCGCCGGCAAGAAGUACAACAUCUCCUGGGAGCUGGGCAACGAGCCUAAUGCCUACCGCAGCAUGGUGGGUCGCGCGGUCAACAGCACCCAGUUGGCUCAGGACUACACCAAACUGCGGACUCUGCUGCAGUCUGUGCGCUACUACCACCGAGCUCACCUCUUCGGCCCCAACGCAGGACGACCCCGGAAGAACGCCAUCCUGCUGCUGGACGGGUUCAUGAAGAACGCUGGCUCUGUUGUAGAUGCAGUUACGUGGCAACAUUAUUUCAUGGAUGGCAGAGUGAGCAAAGCAGAGGACUUCCUGAAAACUCGUCUUUUGGACACACUGACAGAACAAAUCACCAAAGUCACCAAGGUUGUGAACACUCACACUCCUGGUAAGAAGGUGUGGCUCGGUGGACUGGGGCCAGCAUGGGCAGGAGGUAUCAGUAACCUCUCUGACACAUACGCAGCUGGCUUUCUGUGGGUGAACACGCUGGGGAUGGCUGCUGUGCAAGGGAUUGAUGUUGUCUUGCGUCACUCAUUCUUUGACUACGGAUAUACGCAUCUUGUGGACCAGCACUUUAACCCAUUACCUGAUUACUGGUUCUCCCUGGUCUUCAAGCGCCUUGUUGGUCCAAGGGUUUUAGCUGUGCGGGUGGCUGGGCUGCAGAGGAAACCGCAACCGGGACGAGUCAUACGAGACAAGCUACGUAUCUACGCUCACUGCACCAGCUACUACAACCAUAACUAUGUGAGAGGCUCCAUAACAAUCUACAUCAUCAACCUGCAUCGAUCGAGAAAGAAAAUCAAGUUGGCGGGAACGUUACGGAACAAGACCGUCCAUCAGUACCUGCUGCAACCCUACGGCACUGAUGGACUCAAAGCCAAACAUAUCCAGCUGAACGGGGAGAAGCUGCUAAUGGUGGACAAUGAAACGUUCCCUGAGCUGAAGCCUAAGACGUUGAGGGCUGGAAGGACAAUAGCGAUGCCGCCCAUGACCAUAGGCUUUUAUGUCAUCAAAAACAUCAACGCGUACGCCUGUCGGAGAUAACAUUGACCCCACAUACCCAAGAUGUGGGCAUGACAGUUUGACUAAAAGCUUCAAAAACCAGAGAACCGCUUUGUGGCCAUUUCAGUGUCUUGCUCAAGGACUUUUCAGUAGAGUGGACACUUGAAUGCAGCACGGUUCUCUGGUUAAACAACAGCCUCUUGGUCCAUUAUUUCAGUGGUAAUAUUUAAACCACUCUGCCAAAUAACAAACAAACCCAGUUCUCCUCUUGUUCUCCUCUCCGUUCCAACAAAGACUUGCCCAAGACGCAUAUGAAGGGCUGCACUGAACACUUUCUAUUUCUUUUCACCAGCAAUAAAUCAAAAACUACAAGGUAAGACUACAAGACUUCUACGG